GGGGCGGGGCGGGGCGGGGCGGGGGCGCUGCUUCCCCUAAGCGGCCCUCCAGCGCCUCCCUCCCGGCCUCCUCUGAGAAGCGUGUGCAGGGCGGCGAGGCCCUCGCAGAGUCACCCACGGGCCAAUCCUUCAGGACAUGGCGACCCGGCGGAGGGAUCCCGGGCCGCUUCCCUCGGGGAUUCACUUUCCCAACAAGCUCCGCAGAGCCCGUCGCCAGAGGAAGACACCGCCCUGCAGAAGCCGCCAGCCAGUUCGUCGGACACUAGAGGGCGCCUGGCUCCCGGCGGACAGGGAGCGUCGCAGCUGCCCGAGCCCGGCCGGCCCACUCCCGCAUGACGUCAACGCCGUCUCUCCGCCCGCCCCCAGGUGCCAACGAGGCAGCUCUCGCGCGCAUGCGUAAACACGUCCGCCACGCUCCGAGCUAAGCGCAUGCGUCCUCUCCACUCCGCCCUUCGGCCCAGACUCCAGUCGAGUUUCCAGUUGUGGCCUCACGGGGGCGGGAGACGCGGCCAACAUGAGGUUGUCGGUGGCAGCCGCCAUCUCCCAUGGCCGCGUCUUCCGCCGCAUGGGCCUCGGUCCCGAGUCCCGUAUCCAUCUGCUGCGGAACCUGCUGACGGGCCUGGUGCGCCAUGAACGCAUCGAGGCAUCGUGGGCGCGCGUGGACGAAUUAAGGGGCUACGCUGAGAAGCUCAUUGACUACGGGAAGCUCGGAGACACCAACGAACGGGCCAUGCGCAUGGCGGAUUUCUGGCUCACGGAGAAAGAUCUGAUUCCCAAGCUGUUUCAAGUCCUGGCCCCUCGCUACAAAGAUCAGAAUGGGGGCUACACGAGAAUGCUCAGGAUCCCAAAUUCAAGGGAGCAGGACCGGGCCAAGAUGGCAGUGAUCGAGUACAAGAGGAACUGCCUCCCACCCCUGCCCCUGCCCCAGAGAGACAGCAACCUCACGCUCCUGAACCAGCUGCUGAAGGGUCUGUGGCAGGACCAGCCAGCGCGCACCCGCAGCUCCCACACAGCUCCCACACCGGGCGCUUAGCCUGGAGCCAGAUGACAUCUGACCACCACCCACCCCAUCAGUGCCCUUGACUUCAGGCCUUUGGAGCACUUUCAGUCUUCAAAAGAGCUGGCUUAGACUUGUAAAAUAGACAAGUAUUAUAGUGGAGCCCGGGAACUUCAAAAAAAAAAGCCAGAUGACUUUCACUUUGGACAAUAGGUAAAAUUCCUUGAAUGAAUACGUAUAAACCUCUCUCUUUCCCCAUCCCCCCUUCAUUCUCUCCCCCCCUGUCCCAGGGAUUUGUUAAGAAUAAGAAUUGGUACCCAUAUGUUCACGAUACCUAGAAAAAUAAAUUCACUGAAUAUGUUUCUGCCUUA